UUUGUCGGCAGAUCAAAACAAUGAAGGAACUAUACUUACCUGAACUUCAUGAAUUGUAUCAGAAAAUUGCUGGCAAAUUACAGCAGCUUACUCGAUCGUUUAAUGAAAGCGGUAAAAUCUAUGUCACCUAAGGCAUUGAGUGCUUCUGUCAGGGACAUUGGCUCUGUUGUCAGCAUGGUUGAUAGGUUUGCAGGAUCAGCUCUCAGUAAUGGAUCUAAAGCUGCAGUUGAUGAGGAUUUAGUUGCUAUGACAAACUGUCGUUUACAGGUAAGAAAUUUCAUGAGCCACGACAGAACUAACGGGACAAGGAAAAUGAAGCGCUACACUAGUGCCAUGCCCUUAAAUGCUGUGCUGAGAGUUCAUUUUAUCAUAUCCAUUCAGAAACUUAUACCUGUGAAGUGACUAUGGUGAUCUUGUUGCAGGCAAUUCAUGCUCUUAAAGACGAAAUUAGGGAAAUAAAUCAGCGUCUUAUUGACACUGUUAUUGAUAUUAGUGAGGAAUCAAGUGUUGUAGCAGCAACUGCUGAAGGAGAUGA